AUGGCCUAUAGGGUCCUGGGCCGCGCGGGGCCACCUCAGCCGCGGAGGGCGCGCAGGCUGCUCUUCGCCUUCACGCUGUCGCUCUCCUGCACUUACCUGUGUUACAGCUUCCUGUGCUGCUGCGACGACCUCGGUCGGAGUCGCCUCCUUGGCGCCCCUCGCUGCCUCCGCGGCCCCAGCGCGGGCGGCCAGAAACUUCUGCAGAAGUCCCGCCCCUGCGAUCCCCCCGGGCCGACGCCCAGCGAGCCCAGCGCGCCCGCCACCGCCGCGCCCGCUCCUCGCCUGGCCGGUGCCAACCACUCCGGCUCACCGAAGCCGGGCACCAAGCGGCUGCCCCAAGCCCUCAUCGUGGGCGUGAAGAAGGGAGGCACCCGCGCCGUGCUGGAGUUUAUCCGCGUGCACCCGGACGUGCGGGCCUUGGGCACGGAGCCCCACUUCUUCGACAGGAACUACGGCCGCGGGCUGGACUGGUACAGGAGCCUGAUGCCCAGGACUCUUGAGACUCAGAUCACGUUGGAGAAGACGCCCAGCUAUUUCGUCACUCAAGAGGCCCCUCGACGGAUCUUCAGCAUGUCCCGAGACACCAAGCUGAUCGUGGUCGUGCGGAACCCGGUGACCCGCGCCAUCUCCGACUACACCCAGACGCUCUCCAAGAAGCCAGACAUCCCCACCUUCGAGGGGCUGUCCUUCCGCAACCGCAGCCUGGGCCUGGUGGACGUGUCGUGGAAUGCCAUCCGCAUCGGCAUGUACGCGCUGCACCUGGAGAGCUGGCUGCGGUACUUCCCACUGGCCCAGAUCCACUUUGUCAGCGGCGAGCGGCUCAUCACUGACCCAGCCGGCGAGAUGGGGCGCGUGCAGGACUUCCUGGGCAUCAAGAGAUUCAUCACGGACAAGCACUUCUACUUCAACAAGACCAAAGGGUUCCCUUGCUUGAGAAAAACACAGUCGAGCCUCCUGCCUCGGUGUCUGGGCAAAUCGAAAGGGAGAACUCAUGUACAGAUCGAUCCUGAAGUGAUAGACCAGCUCCGGGAAUUUUAUAGACCGUAUAAUAUUAAAUUUUAUGAAACUGUUGGGCAGGAUUUCAGGUGGGAAUAA